AUGUCAUUCAAAUUGGACGAUAUCAGGACGUCGUUGUCAGGAUCUACCAAGUAUGGCCCAACAAAACCAUCAAUAAUAGAGAGAGGUUUGGCCACUGGCAGUGGUCCCAUUGAGUCCAUGACUAAGUGGUGGUUAUCACUUGUGACGCAGUCAGUACUGUGGGACUCCACACACGUGAACGUAACACUUUUCAUGUCACUGUACCCACGUGUCAAUAUCAAGCAAGAGUUUGUGAAUCUUGAUGGGGAGCUUGGAGAGAUCGAUGUUGUCCUCGGAGCUCCAGCGAUCACCGGCAUCGUUGAGGCAAAGAGAUCGGGAGAUGUCGAGGCUGGGAGUAAGGUGAGAGAUGGAGGCAUGGAGCAGAAGGCUAAGGCACAAUGGGCGUCGCUGGGCAUGGCGACCCAGGUUUCUAAGGUCCAGGCACCUUGGGCAUCGCCCAAUGUGGCAACCUAG